UGCUCAGCUCGCGCGGCAUGCGCGCCGUGCUGCUGGCCGACGCCGACGUGCAGCUCUUCUCCACCGACAUCCCGCCCGCAGGUUCUGUUGACUUCAUUGGAAGCUGCUAUUUCACUGAAAUCUGCAAAUGCAAGCUGAAGAACAUUGCAUGUUUAAAAUGCGGUAAUGUUGUAGGUUACCAUGUGAUUGCUCCAUGCAAGCCUUGUCUGCUGUCCUGUAAUAAUGGGCAUUUCUGGAUGUUUCACAGCCAUGCGGUUUUUGGCAUCAACAGACUAGACUCCUCUGGUGUGAACUUACUGCUUUGGGGCAACCUGCCAGACUUGGAGGAAGCUACAGAUGAAGACAUGCCGGGCAUCUCCGAGGAGGAGUAUAUCAGAUAAAUGUUAUCAGCAGCAUGCACCACAGCAAAAUUCCCCUGUUAACUUGUAUUGCAGGUCUCCUCCUCCCGCCUUAGUGAAGACUCAAGCAAUGCACUUAAUAGGAAUACGGUACUAAAGUAGAAGCUGUCUCACGGUUCAUUUUAAGCUACCUUAAGACUCCCUUGGUUUUGAUUAGGAUUUAGUGUUCCAAUUGAAGAUGCUUCUUUGGCCACAUUAGCAUGGACAUAUCUGGAAGACAGCAGGCAGAUGGCUGCUAUUCCUGAUUUUGGAUCUAUUUUGUACUUAUGUUAAUAGCUGCAGGUAAGGAAAACAGUGGUUAAGGCUUCCACAAGUGCCACUCCUGCCUCUUGUUCCCCUUCCUAAAUAUCAGCUCUUUGGUCUCAGUAAAGGCAUUUUAAAAACUUUAGUAGAUCAAAGCAUACUUAAUCUGGAUGAGCUGUGAGAUUAAGCACAGUCUGCAGAGUUUUCUUUGUAGAGACCAGUUCAAUGUCCCCUUCUGCCUCCUGCUCCAUCUGUAACUAGGAAGGGUGCAUCUGCAGUUUCCUAAGGCCACCAUCAAUGCUGCUGAAUGAGGGAGCUUGAAGGCCUGUGCUGAAGCUGAACAGCUAGUUGUUUUGCUCCUCCUUUAAAGGAGGUUGCUUCACCACUUGGGAGAGGCAUGUUGAGAUGAUGGUUCUGCAUACAAGUCUAUCAUAUGAUGCGGUGCUCAAGUGUAGCGAUGUACUUGGCUUCACUAAAACCUAAGCUGCCAAAAGAGACCAGUCAGUUGCUCCCAGAACUGGGAGCAUCCCAGGAACUGGUCCAUUUUUUCUGACAUUGAAAUGGAAGUGGAACAUGUUCACCAUGUCGCUAGGAGAACUAUCCUUAGAAACGCAGUGCCUGAACUGCUUACCUGCCCUGUAGAAGCCUCCCCGUUGCUGUAACAAACACUGGAAAUGUGGAAAAGGGUUAGCAUCCAGACACCAGAAUCAGCAAUUACCAUUGUACAUGUCUUCAGUAGUAGACUAAAAGACUGGCAGUAAGCAAUACUGAAGUACUCUGCUUGACACGCUUACAGCUGCAGUCAAUAACAUUUUGAUCUGGCUUAUCUACCAUGGGAAUGUAGGUGAUCCUUAAGUAGUGGGUGGCAUUGAACACCUCAGGAAGGAGGCAGCCAAGCUGGGUCCAAACAGAAUUUGCUCUACAAGCACUGUCCUGCUUGUUGCUACCUAGGAACUGCUUCGUUUUGCUUACUGUUUUCAAUGUUUUUCUUCCUAAGAAAGGAAGAUCUUGAGAAUAAAUGUGUAUUAAGAAGCUGCUUUCUUGAAGAAACUUAGCUGACAGCAGAGAUUCUAUUUAAUGCGAAGAAUUGUAAAGUGGCUAUUGUGUGUGCGCACACGCAUGGUUUUCUACUUAUUAUGCUUUGCAGGCCAAGCAUAGACACAGCAGGCGAUAACAUUUAUUUUUAAAGUAAUGUGACUUAGCAUAAAUACCAUCCUCGGCAGGACUUGGCAAGUUGCUGAUCCUCAGGUAGGAUGAAAAGAUGGAGUUUGUAAUACACGCUUAGCUCACUUUCGUAUAGCUGGAGUCAAUUCCCUAUAUUUCAAUCAAGACUAACUCAAAGACUGAUCUCGUGUCAAGGUGUUGUCAAUAGUAUUAUUGUCUAUAUCCUGUUAUGCUCUGUACAGAUGCACUGAAGGUGAUCUUUUACUGUAUUUAAUGUAUCCUAACCUUACUACCUCUAGCAUUGGCUAAACCAGGUACCGGGAUUUGUCUGUCUUGUUUUGACUGUACAUAUGCUAUGUCUGAGCAUUAAAUAAGAGUCUUGCGCCCAUUCUUCCGA